GACAGGCGGAGCCCUGGCGAGAACUGACGUCAUUGUCCUGCGACUCCAAAUUAACGUCUGUGGGAAAGCCGGGCUGUCCUGAGUGGGAGUGGCACCGAGCUGCAGGGUAUCUUAAAAAGAAUAUUUUAAAAAUGACCACACCAAACAAGACACCUCCUGGUGCUGACCCUAAGCAGUUGGAAAGGACUGGAACAGUACGGGAAAUUGGGUCACAAGCUGUUUGGUCACUCUCAUCGUGCAAACCAGGAUUUGGAGUGGAUCAGUUACGAGAUGACAAUCUUGAAACUUACUGGCAAUCAGAUGGCUCCCAGCCUCAUUUAGUAAACAUCCAAUUCAGAAGAAAAACAACAGUGAAGACAUUAUGUAUUUAUGCAGACUACAAAUCUGAUGAAAGCUAUACUCCAAGCAAGAUCUCGGUCAGAGUAGGAAAUAAUUUUCACAAUCUUCAAGAAAUUCGGGAGUUUGGAAAAAGCUUGGUUGGCCAUUUCUGUCUUGGAGUCUCUCAUGCAGUUACAGUCCUAUGUCAGCAACUUGAAUUGGUGGAACCAAGUGGCUGGAUUCACGUUCCCUUAACUGAUAAUCAUAAGAAGCCCACUCGCACAUUCAUGAUACAGAUUGCUGUUCUAGCCAAUCACCAAAAUGGAAGAGACACCCACAUGAGGCAAAUUAAAAUAUACACACCAGUGGAAGAGAGCUCCAUUGGCAAAUUUCCUAGAUGUACAACUAUUGAUUUCAUGAUGUAUCGUUCAAUAAGGUGACCUUAACACAGAACAAAAGUCAUUAAACGUACCUUUGUUUUAUCUUGUCAGUAAAUAUUAUAUCUGGAAUCUUUAUUGAAAAAACAUCAGUUAUUUUGCAAUUUUGUAUGCAUUGGAGGGUAUUUUAUUGUAACUUUAACAAAUAAAUUUUGGGUCAUACUAUUUUUAUUUUCUUUAACAUAUAAUAAAGCUCACAUAUUUUACAUUAUUAAAAAAGUAUUUGAAGCCCCUCAUUAAAUUUUUCAUUAUAUCAAAAGAAAAACAAAUGAACUGAGUAUUUUAAGAGAUACACCAUUUUUAAUAACCAAGUUAUUAUUUCAUAUAAUGGUCAUGUGUUAGAGUAAUGAUUUAUUGCAUGUUUGGGAACAGUACUAUGUUCUAUCAAUUAAUAGGCCAAAAUUAUUCUUUUUUUUCCCCUCUCUCUAGAGGAAGCUUAUUCUUUUAAUACUGGGCCUUUUAAAAAAAUAGUGUCAAAAUAGGCUUAGCAUUAGAUAUCUGAUGAGAACCAUUCUGAUUUGGGGAAUAUAGUUAAUUGUGUCAUAAUUACUUCCAUGAAAUACUUUUAAUCCCAGGGUUCUCUAUAUCCCGAUAUUGUGUCAGAGAUUGCCAGUGUCAUCUAUUUAUUCUAAUGCUAGUGCCGCUUAUAGUAGACGUUUUUUUUUAAAUUUGUGUCUGACACAGAAGCAUUCUCUGAGGGAUGAUAAUAUGUCUCAUAAAAAUUUUUAAAAUGUAUAAAAUUGUUCUUUGUAUAUGAAAAUAUUUUAAAGGAGCUUAAACAUGUUUUCUUUCCAUGGUUUAAAAUGAGUAGAUUUGAUUCUGUGUGGUUUUUCUUUUUUUCCCCCUAUAUCUACUACUUUUUAGGAGGAUGGUUAUUUAGCCACAGAACUUAUCCAGAUUGGCUCUUAUGUUUAGGAAAGAUUCCUGGGUGGUUCUUGCAUUGCUUGGUAGACUGAAGUCUUGAAUAGCAAAGUUUUAGAUUUUCUUUUUUUUUUUUUUUUUUUUACUUGAAGUAUACUUAACAUAUAGUGUUCUAUUUGUUUCAGGGUGUAUAACAGUGAUUUGACAAUUCUAUACAUUAUGCAAUGCUUACCACAAUAAGUAUAGUUACCAUCUGUCACUAUACAAAGUUGUGCAGUAUUAUUGAUUAUAUUUUCUAUGCUGUACCUUUCCAUCUCCAUGACUUAUUUAUUUUAGAACUGAAAGUCUGUACCUCUUAAUCCCCUUCACCUAUUUUACUCAUCCUCCUUAUCCCCUCCCCCAUAGCAACCACCAAUUCUCUAUAUCUAAGAGUUUGUUUUAUUUUUUAGACUACACAUAUAAGUGAAAUCAGAUGGUAUUUGCCUUUCUCUAUUUGACUUCCUUCACUUAGCAUUAUAGCCUCUAAGUCCCUCCAUGUUGUAAAUGGCAAGAUCUCAUUCUUUUUUGUGGCUGAGUAAUAUUCCAUUGUGUAUGUAUUUAUAUAGUACAUCUUCUUUACCUAUUCAUCUACUGAUGGACACUUGGGUUGCUCCCAUAUCUUGGCUAUUGUAAAUAAUGCAGCAAUAAACAUAGAGGUGCAUAUA